CUUUUAUGGCUUCGUCUCUAAAAUUACUAUCGAUAACUAUUCACAGACGCACAUCAGCCCUGUAAGCGAGCAGCAGUCACGUAUUGCAGCCCUCUUUACAAUAUUCAUAAAUUGUGUUUGCGAAUUACAAUUGAACAUCUUUGAAUUACCAAGGAGUAAAGCUCACGUGCAACCCAAAUUAAAGGUACAAACUAUUUAACAGCCUCGAAAAAGAUAUGUUCCUCAAACUUGGACGGCAGCUUGGCCAGCAGUUAAGCCGGCAAGUUCGUUUCACAGCUGCACGCCGCACACUGGCAACGACAAAUAGAUUGGACAAAGAUGCCUCGGCUAAAGCAGACACGGAGCAGGAGCAGCCGGCAAAGAGUAUACUCAUCGACAAGGACAAGAAUAUCACACUGAUCGGCAUCAAUCGUCCGCAGCAGCGCAAUGCAAUUGAUUCGAGCACCGCUUCCCAGCUGUGCGAGGCCUUUUCCGCCUUCGAGGCGGAUGACACGUCGCCGGUGGCGGUACUUUACGGUGUGGGUGGUUCGUUCUGUUCCGGCUUCGACAUUCUCGAGAUCAGCACCGACGAGAAGGAGGAGAUUAGCGUUGAUAUUCUGAUGCGCCCCGAGGGUUCCGUUGGCCCAACACGUCGCCAGAUCAAGAAGCCAGUUGUGUGCGGCAUCAACGGUUAUUGCAUAGCCAAUGGCCUGGAAUUGGCACUGAUGUGUGAUUUGCGCGUGAUGGAGGAGUCCGCUGUGCUGGGCUUCUUCAAUCGUCGCUUCGGUGUUCCCAUGUUGGAUGGCGGCACUGUCCGUUUGCCGGCGAUGAUUGGAUUGUCGCGUGCCUUGGAUUUAAUAUUGACGGGACGACCGGUCGGCUCCCAGGAGGCACACGAUAUUGGACUGGUUAAUCGAAUUGUGCCCACGGGCACGGCCCUGGGCCAUGCCAUGGAGCUGGCCAAUUGCUUGGCCAAGUUUCCGCAGCGUGCUUUGAACCAUGAUCGCAACUCCGUCUACUCGGCCGCCUUUGAGACGUCGACGUUCCACCAGGCGGUGCAGAACGAGGUCAUGUACACGUCCCGUGAGAUCAUUGAGGACAUGCAGAAUGGCAUCAAGUGGUUCAAUCACACCUUUAAGGCAGACACGACGCACUCGUGGCUAAAGCGUGAUCGCUCCAUGGCCGAUUGGGAUGAUGAGGAUGUUGCGGCUGCUGCUGCUCAUAAGGAAACCAAGAAGCAGGAGGAGGAGGCAGCCAUCGUUGAGGCAGAGAAACAGAAAGAGAUCGAGAAGGCAGCGCCAAAGAAAUCAAAGAAAGCCGCCGAUGAGAAAAGCGAAAAGCCAAGCGAAGAAACCGAUUCAACCGAAAAGCCAAAGGACAAAUGAACGAAAUCUUUAAUUUAAAAUGCUGUGUAUAUAGAAGAAUACAUAUAGCCAGUGAUGAACUGCUUAUUUAUUGAAA